UCGGCGCAGGGCGACGCGCCGGCGGCGCCGGUGGCGGCGGAGGCGGCGGGGGCGGCGGAGAGGGCGGCGCGUGCGUGCGUGCCCGCGUGCCGCAACGGCGCCGUCUGCGACACCACACGCGGCGCCUGCACCUGCGCCAAGGGCUUCGCCGGCCGCUUCUGCCAGAUCGACGUGAACGAGUGCCAGCGCUCGCCGCCGCCAUGUGCGCACGGCUGCGUCAACUCGUUCGGCAGCUACCAGUGCCUGUGCCCCGGCGGCCAGCGCCAGGCCCCCGACCGCCUCUCCUGCCUCCCCGACACGGCCACGGCCCCCGGCGCAGUGACGACAAGAUUCACCACGCCAACUACUCAAACAUCUCUACCCAAGAGCACCCAUUUGCAGAACUUUUCCACACGCGGCGCCUCAGUGGCCCCCGCGAAUGCAGGCGUGGCCCCGCCUGCGGGUGACUUCUCUUCAUCUGUUCCGCCGGUAGAUGUCUCUACAUCUGCCACAUCAUCUGUACCAGUAACAGGUUCGGCAGCAGGAACUACAGAUGACAACGAAAAUCCGUCAACGAAAAACCUCACAGUGCACAUUGAGAUUAUGGUGGAACCGAAAAUUCACCCAACACGAACUAUACCCCACCCGUCAGGGCAUAUAACGUUUACUCAUUAUUUUCCAGACAACAACGCAUCUCGUCCCCAAAAUAGGUUUUUUAGUGGCAGUUUUCCACCAGGACAUAGGAGAGGGUUAUCCAUUGAAAACUUGGUAAUUGAACACCAGAAAAUUGUGGAACAGACGAGUGGAAACGAUUCUGUAGAUGCAACUACUGACAGCCUCGAAACUACAACGAUUAGUUCUAUUGAUGGUGUGAUUGAGAAGAAUGUGAUAAGUGUACCUGAUAGGAAAGAAUCUAAAAUUUCGAAUGUAUCUGCCGUGAAUGUGACAUAUAGUGCCACGAACCAAUCAGACCAGAAAUUAAUUGAAUCAACGACUGUUUCAAGCACAAAUAAAUCUGAGGUUCACAAUACUAUCCCUAAAGUACCUGAUGAAAACAAUUCAGCGAAUAUUAAAAGAAUAGUUAACAUUAAUGAAAUACAUACUCAAAACGGAGUGGUUGGUGCCAAAAAUAUUACUUCUGAAUCUUCAAAAAGUAACACGAAAACACACAGAGAAGAGGUUAUUAUAUCGCACAAGAAAACCUUAACUGAAGUUAAAAAUAAUGUUUUACCGAAGACAGAGAUUCCUGAAGGAAAAAAUGUGACAAAUAACACUACUAAUUAUAGAAGUGGGGUUAUAGGUUUCUCAAAAAAUAAAAGUAUUGUCGAAAACAAAGUUUCUAAUUUUGCAAUAUCGGGUAGCAACAGUCACGACAAUUUAACAAAAAUUAACGUUCUUGCUAAUUCUGUUAACAUAUCAUCUAAAGUAAGUUUUACAAAUAGUUCCAAUAAUGUAAUAUCUUCUGACGUACAUGUUCAUGAUAACGAAAUAUUAAACCGUGAAAAUGUUUCCUUGUUCACUAAUAGUAUAGACAACUCAACAGAAGUCUGUUGUGGAAAUGCAACAGAAAACACGGAGAAUUCAUUGGAUGUGGAAACUUCAGAUUCGGAUGCUGAUGACUCUGAGAUCACAGAAACUACAACAGAUUCACACGCAACAGAACCAACCACAGUGUCUCCAAGUGAAAUAGUUGCGAAUCCACCAGACGGCAACAGCAGCAACCCUGAAAUCAAACAGUUGAGAGUACACGAAAGCAGUGCCAACUCUACAAAAACAAUUUUAAACAGCACAUCUACAUCAGAUGUUAUCGAAACAAUUUCACUUUCUGGGAACGACACAGCUGCAGAGAAAAUCCUCCCUAGCCAGACUGCUCCCGUUAUCAUGACGGAAGCGCCCAGUGUGAGUCCUACCAAAAGCGUGGACAUCGGUGACGUCACGCGAACAGGACUUGUGCACGUUGAGACCACUGAAGAUGGAGCAGCCUGGCACGCAGUUGGCAGCACAGACAUCCUACACACCGAUCCAGCCGCCCGAAUCUUGAGUGGCGGCCCGUUCAGUGCGAUCCAAAACGUGUUUGAUUUCUUCGCCUUGACGACCUCACAGCUGUCUGCAGGGAUUAUCACAGAACCUCCUAUGCACACCACGGACGUCCAUCUUGAGAACAAUGAAGAGCCUGGUAACAUCCCGAGCGACACGUCAAAGAAAAAAGUUGUGAAUAGAGCGAAGUCAAAAAACGAGUUUAAGGAAGAGAAGAAAGAGAAGGAGAAGGCACAAAAAGUGAAGAAAAAGCAAAAAGUAAAGAAGAAAGAUGAUACAAAUAAAACAGUCGUCGAAAUAUUUCAAGGUCAAGCAGGCAGUGCUGAAAUUGAGGGCGGAGCGGAGGACGAAGAGGAGGAGGAGGAGGACGAGGAGCUGGAGGUGGCGGCGGCGGCGGCGGGGGCGGGGGCGCUGGAGGCGGCCGACUGCCUGUUGGAGGAGGGCGGCGCUGGGGAAGGGAAACUCCGUGCAGGAGCCACCGUCUUCCGGGGCGACGCCAACUGCACCGAGUGCAGAUGCCAGGACGGUGCGUUGGUGUGCUCGGCGCGUCAUUGCCCGGCUCCCCGCUGCGCCGCGCCACUGCGCGGACCUUGUUGCGCGUAUUGCCCUGGAGACUGCGCUGUCGGCGGAACGGUGUAUUUGGAAGGCGAACGUUUCGUCGACCCGUUGGAUGCGUGUCGGGUGUGCACCUGCAAGUCAAACAUGACGGACAACAAAGACACGGCCUCCGAAACUCAGAGUAUUACUGCAAAUCUCGGCCCUGAUAUUUCUACGACAGUUGAAAGACAAGCAGUUGUCGAAACAACAUGCCCCAAAGAAGUAGUUGUUGUGUUACACAGGUUACCAGAAGGAACUGUCAAUCGCAUAUUGUCUAGGCGAAGUUCUUCUUCAGACGUCGUGAAGAAAUCGUCCAAGGAUAUUCUGGAAAAGUGUCUCCUACCUAAAUUGGAAAGCCGCCUCACAGAGUGGAUCAAGACUAAAGUUCAAAAGAAUGGUGAUCGUUUACUAACGAGAAAAGUUGUAAAGAGGGCAAAACGAAUUUUUGAACGCUUAAAAGUACAGGGAGGUGAGAAAUACAAAAAUGUAAAAUUUGUUCCUAGCAGAAAAUGGUAUUAUCGUUACCGAAUGAGAGCUGGAUUGUAUAAUAAGGAGCUCUCCAAGAAUCCAUCUUUAAUGAAAAAAUGCCUUUGCAAUGUUGUGUGCGAAGGUAAAAACGGGUCAUUAACAGUAAUACCUGAGAGUAGUGAUGAAGAUGACUGCUCACAUACAAUUAUUAGUGAUGGUGAUGAAGACUGGUGCUCACGAUUGAAGAGUGAUUUGAUUAAUGAAAAAGCACGGGACCUGAUGAUAGACACUGUAACUCCAUGUCCAUUUUUGACUUGUACAAGUGGAGAAGACCAGAAGAGUACGUCAGGUAGAUCUCUUCAAGAAUUACGGAGGCAUAGUGAUACACCAAUGCCAAAUUUUGAACGUGAAAUGGAAGUGGGAUCUUUAAGUAGUGAUAGUGAUAGUGAUCUGUUAGAAAUUAGUGAAAUAGUUUUUUGUCCUAAAGCAGCAUCUUCAAGAGUAGAUAUAUCAGAUAAAAUUGAUGAGGAUGUUAAACCAGUUGUAAUCACUUUAGACGAUGAAGUUCAGCCAACUAGUACUGCCUCCACGAUUUCAUUUGCGGCAUUUGCCACAAACGGGUGCUCUUCCAGUGAUAAAAAUACCAUUGUAUCUGUUGGAUAUGCAGAACAAAAAUCGUCUAAACGAAAUCCACCCUGUGGUGUGGUGGCGUUGCAGGCGGGGCGCGGCGAGUGCCGCGUGACGGAGUGCGCGCCGCCGCCGGCGACGGGGUGCGGCGCUGGGGAGCGGCUGGCGGUGGCGCCGGGCGCCUGCUGUCCCACGUGCGUCCCCACGCCCACCCCGGCGCCCGCCGACGCCGCGCACGCGCAGUGCGUUUCGCGCGGGGAGACGUUCCGCCCGGGCCAGCGCUGGGUGCGGCGCGAGGGCGGCUGCCACAACUGCGUCUGCCAGAAGGGGAACAUCACGUGCCGGCGCAAGCCGUGCUCCGCGCCGUGCUCGCACCCGUACCGGGCGCCGGGCCGCUGCUGCCCGCGCUGCCACGACUGCCUGGUGGACGGGCGCCGCCUGCGCCACGGCGCCGCCCUGCCCGUCCCGCUGCCUCGCGCCCACGCGCGCGCGCCCGGCUGCCGGCUGUGCGCCUGC